UAAAAUGGGUCAACAAGUAUCUGGUGAGUAUGAACAUGCUAAUAUCGCAGUUCCUUUACUUUCAUCAUUGCCGUAAUCUUAAUUUCCUUUUUUUCUCUCUUUCUCGUGGCUUAGCGUAUGCAGUUUCCAACCUUCCUUUUCUUUUUCUCUCUUUCGUUUACACACCACAUUACUCUUGAAGAAGAGACUAUAAUUAUCAAUAGACGUACAAACAUCACAGUAGUAAGGCCCAUACGUAUCUUACCUCCCACGCCAAUCAUCACUUUAACUCACUCCUUCGGCCUUCCCAAGGGAAUGUUAAAGGCCAUACCUUUCCCCUCCUCUUUUAGCUCAAUAUAACAUCAUUCUCUAACUAACCCAUAGCAUCAGCCAUGACAAUCAGAACAAACUCCUUUUGGCUCUUCGCCUUUCUCAUUGCAUUGUUUUCCAGUCUAAUUGCUCUGUAUACACUCCCUCCUUUCAAAACAAGCAUCACCCUAAACGAUCAUGAUAGUUUUGACGUUUCCUUCGUCAGAAAAGUUGUGAGGCAAGGUGGUGAACUCUUAUCUUUACUAACAAGGAUGCUGUCUAGAAACCAUCAUUACCAGCGUAAGCACAAAUGUACUGAUUAUACCAGAUGGAGGUCUAGCCUCAUUUCUCAGUACAAAGUGUCACUUGUAUUAACAGUUGACUCCAAAGGUUGCGCCAAUUUCAGCAGCGUGCAGAAGGCGAUAGAUGUUGUUCCUGACUCGAGCCCCUCCAAGACCCUGAUCUUUAUUUAUUCUGGUACAUACAGGGAGAAGGUAGUAGUCCAUGCCAAGAAAUCCAACUUGAUAAUUCAAGGUGAGGGUUUUCUCAACACCGCAAUAGAAUGGAAUGACACUUCGAAUUCCACUGGAGGGACUGUAUACAGCUCUUCAGUUGCCAUCUUUGCUGCUAACUUUACAGCAUACAACAUUAGCUUUAAGAAUACAGCUCCAGAGCCAUUCCCCGGUGAAACUGGAAAGCAGGCGGUGGCACUUAGAAUAGCAGGAGAUCGAGCUGCAUUUUACAAUUGUGGAUUUUAUGGAGCCCAAGACACUCUUCUUGAUGAUCGUGGGAGGCAUUAUUUCAAACGAUGUUUCAUACAAGGUUCCAUUGAUUUCAUAUUUGGAAAUGCUAAAUCACUCUAUGAGGGGUGCGUUAUCCAUUCAAUUGCUAAAGAGGGGACGAGUGGAGUUAGUGGAUCCAUCACAGCUCAAGCAAGGCAAUCUAUGGAUGAACAAACAGGGUUUUCGUUCGUGGAUUGCAUCAUUCGGGGAACCGGGACCGUGUGGCUUGGACGAGCUUGGGGAGCUUAUGCCACUGUCGUAUUUUCUAGAACUUACAUGUCUCAUGUUGUGGCUCCAGGCGGCUGGAAUGACUGGCGAGAUCCCUCUAGAGACCAGACCGUAUUUUUUGGAGAAUACGAGUGCUUGGGGCCUGGAGCAAACUACACAUUCAGAGCUUCUUAUGCGAAGAAGCUAAUGGAAUAUGAAGCAGCUGCCUACAUGAACAUUUCGUACAUUGCUGGAGAUGAAUGGCUUCGAGAAUAGGCGGGCAUUGUUAUGAGGGUAUAACUAUAUAGAUAGAAUCUAUAUACUCAUUUCCACAACUAGUUUAUGUAGAAUUUACGGUUAUUAAUUCA